AACGUACACUACAUAUGUACACGAUGGUAACAUUUAACAGCCAUUUCUCUGCACGCCAAUUACUUGAGGGACGUUAGAACAAGUUACUUGCUGUUGUUUUCUUGUUUAGAAGCUAAACAUUCAAGGUAAAGGAGAAUCAUGAACUUUCCGGGCAUCCUCAUUCCCGCCAUUGUUGUCCUCGGUCUGUCAGUGGACGUGCAAGGUCAGUGCACCCAACGGGAUGUGGGCACCAUGAUGGCCUGCACCAUGCCUCACGCCUUCAGAUUGUUUCAUGCCAUUGGGACUGGACAAAGCUGUGACAGAAACCGCAUCACGUCUACGGUCUGCAGUGACUAUGCGACCGUCGUCGCCUGCAUCAACAGGAGAUACGUGUCCAGAACUUGUCGCCCUUACGCCGUCAGUGAACUCAACUCACGACUCCCGCUCUCGUGUAGUGUGUCCGACCUGAGUCAGGUGUGCACCAACGCACCAUCGUUCUUAUCGCGCUAAAUGGACCAACAGAAGAUUGCUUGAAGACCAACGAAAAUGUCUCAACCUGUUUAGGGAUGUACAGAGAAUCUGUUAAAGAUGAUGUUGAUGAGACAUGCUGCUUUGAACUUUUAUUAGCUUCAGACAAAUAUGCAUUCUCUCUCAUUCAUUGAUAUAUGUGGGAAUAUAAAAUCUAAUCAAGUCCAAAUAAAGACACAGAGGACAGUA